GUCCUUUGCGAAAAUCCUCUGGGCCUUCUUCACGUCCCUCCGAUAGUCCUUGCCGCCCAUCCCAAACGACGAAAGGAUUCCUGCAAUGAAUGGCAGCUAGGAUGCCCCCGUCUUGACCUGCCGUCGUUGGUAGACCUGCCGUCGUUGGUAGGGCCCCACUUCCUCCUGCAACACGACUCUAGCAGCAAUCUGGUCGGCCGUUUCUCUACCCCUCGCAGAAGCCGGACUGCUGGCGAGACCCACGCCAAGACCCCCGGUACGUUCUGACCGGGCCACAGCCAUCCACAGACAGCGUUGUGUCGUUCCUUUACGUGCACACUCACUCACCUGCGAAGCUCACAUCGAAAGUCACAUCGAUUUGGUUGUCGUAGCUGCCGCGCUGUUGGUAGUCCUCCCACCUCACAUGGUAGUCGUCGGCCGUCUUGCCAAUCAGCUCAGGAAAAGGGAGGCUCCACCUGUCUGCCAGCUGCGUCGCAAUUGCCUCCCUGAGGUCUUCUCCAGACGCAACGCGGGCGAGGCGGUCGGGGGGGACGAAGAACGGAAAUUGAGUGCGCUGAGUGCGCCCUCUGAAGAAGAACCACUUGCCUGACUGCUGGUUUGAGUUAACGUUGUCUCUCUCUCCUGACUGCUGGUUUCCCAUUCC